GGGUGUCUACCCCAAUGCCUGAUUACAACCCGCGCCGCACGGCUGCCCUUCGGCGUGUUUCCUCGGGCAGGGCCGGGCGCUCCGACACCUGGCGGCUGAUCUUGGGAAACAGGCGCUACGAGGCAGCCCCGUCAGACGCAGGACCCCGGCCCUGCCGCGACGCUCGGCUCCGGACGCGGUGGGCCAAGAUGUCGACGAAGAAUUUCCGAGUCAGCGACGGGGACUGGAUCUGCCCGGACAAGAAGUGUGGAAAUGUUAAUUUUGCUAGAAGAACCAGCUGUAACAGAUGUGGUCGAGAAAAAACAACUGAAGCCAAAAUGAUGAAAGCUGGAGGGACUGAAAUAGGGAAGACGCUUGCUGAAAAGAGCCGUGGCCUGUUCAGUGCUAAUGAUUGGCAAUGUAAAACUUGUGGCAAUGUGAACUGGGCCAGGAGAUCAGAAUGUAAUAUGUGUAAUACUCCAAAGUAUGCAAAACUGGAGGAAAGGACAGGAUAUGGAGGAGGUUUUAAUGAAAGAGAGAAUGUUGAGUAUAUAGAACGUGAAGAAUCAGAUGGGGAAUAUGAUGAGUUUGGUCGUAAAAAGAAAAAAUACAGAGGAAAGCCAGUUGGGCCUGCAUCUAUCCUGAAGGAAGUAGAAGAUAAGGAAUCUGAAGGGGAAGAAGAAGAGGAUGAGGAUGAAGAUCUUUCCAAGUAUAAACUGGAUGAGGAUGAGGAUGAAGAUGAGGCUGAUCUCUCAAAAUAUAAUCUUGAUGCCAGUGAGGAAGAAGAUGCUAAUAAGAAAAAGAAAUCCAACAGGCGCAGUCGCUCUAAGUCUCGCUCUUCCCACUCACAAUCUUCAUCGCGCUCAUCCUCCCACUCAAGCUCAAGGUCUAGGUCAAGGUCCCAUUCAAGAAGCUCUUCCAGUUCCAGAUCAAGAUCUCGUUCCACUUCCAGAGAACAUUCUAGAUCUCGUGGGUCGAAAUCAAGAUCCAGCUCCAGGUCCCACAGGGGGUCUUCAACCCCAAGAAAAAGAUCUUACUCAAGCUCUCGUUCAUCAUCUUCCCCUGAGAGAGGCAAGAAGCGGAGUCGCUCUAGAUCUUCUUCGCCCGGUGAUCGCAAAAAAAGACGAUCGAGAUCACGGUCACCCGAAAGACGCCGCAGGUCGUCAUCUGGAUCUUCCCAUUCCGGUUCCCGUACAAGUUCUAAAAAGAAAUAAUGUAUUAAAGUUCACAU